AUGAAAGGCUCCGGUCUUCCCCGCAUCGGGACGGCUCUCCAGACCUCUCAAUUCAUCUCAAUUGCACGCAUGCAUCACAUACGUAGUCGCUCCAAAUUUCGUCGGCUUCAGCAACGAGCGGAGGCUGCCCCCGUUUUGGGACUUGCAAAGAGUGGCCGACCGGGAAUUCUUGUUGUUCAAGGGACCAAGAGCGCAAUAUCUGCUUUUCUGGAAGCACUCGUUGCAGGCUUGCGUUACCUCGACUUCCACCACAUCGCCACCCGGCCCUUGAAUGCCGACGUCAACCUCAUGAUCAACUUGAAGUCUGGCCUUGUCGAGGUCAACAGAGUAAAGGACCUCGUUCAGGCACUUGAGUCAAUCGGACUCAAAGAGUGGUUUCGGACAGAAAUGCAUAUGGGCAAAGAUUUCAGUUCUAGUCAUGAUUCUUCUGCCUUGGACAAGUGUAGGUAA